UUUUGCUUACACCUGCUGAGAAGCAAAUGGCGAGGGAAGUUUGCAUUGCAUUUAGGCAAGCGGUCUGCGGAUUUGAUCUCUUACGAUCUGAGGGAAGUUCAUAUGUGUGUGACGUAAAUGGAUGGAGUUUUGUGAAGAACUCUUACAAGUAUUACGACGAUGCUGCUUGUGUGCUACGGAAAAUGUUUUUGGAUGCAAAGGCUCCUCAUCUUUCUUCAACAAUUCCUCCCAUUCUGCCAUGGAAGGUCAAUGAACCUGUUCAUUUUAACGAAGGUCUAACUCGCCAAGGAAGUGGCGUCAUUGGAACAUUUGGGCAAUCGGAGGAGCUACGCUGUGUCAUUGCUGUUGUUCGGCACGGUGAUAGAACCCCUAAGCAGAAAGUGAAGCUAAAGGUUACAGAGGAAAAACUGCUAAACCUGAUGCUGAAGUACAAUGGAGGAAAGCCAAGAGCUGAGACGAAACUUAAAAGUGCUGUCCAACUGCAAGAUCUAUUGGAUGCCACAAGAAUGUUAAUUCCUCGUUCAAGACCAGGUGAAUGUGAUAGUGAUGCAGAAGACCUUGAACAUGCUGACAAGCUUCGUCAAGUAAAAGCCGUUCUUGAAGAGGGUGGACAUUUCUCUGGCAUAUACAGGAAGGUUCAACUAAAGCCGCUGAAAUGGGUUAAAGUACCAAAAAGUGAUGGUGAUGGGGAAGAAGAACGCCCAGUGGAGGCUCUUAUGGUUCUGAAAUAUGGUGGUGUUCUAACUCAUGCUGGUCGGAAGCAGGCAGAAGAACUUGGUAGAUACUUUCGAAACAAUAUGUAUCCAGGUGAAGGUACCGGUUUGCUCCGUCUCCAUAGUACAUACCGUCAUGACCUUAAAAUUUACAGUUCUGACGAGGGACGUGUUCAGAUGUCUGCAGCUGCUUUUGCUAAAGGCCUGCUUGACCUAGAAGGACAGCUGACCCCAAUCCUGGUUUCUCUGGUUAGCAAGGACUCUUCCAUGUUGGAUGGUCUUGAUAAUGCGAGCAGUGAAAUGGAAGAGGCCAAGGCUCAAUUGAAUGAGCUCAUAACCGCCGGCACAAAACUGGUCAAUGAUUACGUCUCUUCUGAAUUACCUUGGAUGACUGAUGGUGCUGGACUACCUCCUCAUGCCAAUGAGCACCUACCUGAAUUGGUAAAAUUAGCUAAAAAGGUGACUGAACAAGUGGGGCUACUUGCAAAAGAUGAAGACGAGGGUCUCACAGAGCCUAGCGCUUAUGAUGUAGCCCCUCCUUAUGAUCAAGCAAAGGCCCUUGGCAAGUCAAACAUUGACGUUGGUCGGAUUGCUGCUGGAUUACCUUGUGGUAGUGAAGGAUUUCUUUUGAUGCUUGCUCGAUGGAGAAAACUCGAAAGGGAUCUCUACAACGAAAGAAGAGACCGGUUUGACAUAACGCAGAUUCCUGAUGUUUACGAUUCAUGCAAGUAUGAUCUGUUACAUAAUUCUCAUCUCGACCUGAAAGGACUAGACGAACUCUUCAAAGUUGCUCAGCUGCUUGCAGAUGGUGUAAUCCCAAAUGAGUAUGGGAUCAAUCCUCAGCAAAAACUCAAAAUCGGUUCAAAGAUUGCUCGGCGCUUGCUUGGUAAAAUCUUGAUUGACUUGAGGAAUACCAGAGAAGAGGCCAUGAGUGUUGCUGAAUUGAAGAACAACCAAGACCAAGUCUCAGUGUCAUUGUAUUCGUCGAGAAAGGAGGAUCGAUAUAGUCAGCCAAAACUUUUCGUUAAAAGCGAUGAGUUGAGACGUCCUAGCACCGGAGAGAACAAAGACGAAGAUGAUGAUAAAGAAACCAAAUACCGACUAGAUCCAAAGUACGCAAAUGUAAUGACACCUGAACGUCAUGUGAGGACACGCCUUUAUUUCACUUCUGAAUCACAUAUUCAUUCUCUGGUGAACGUUCUACGGUAUUGUAACCUCGACGAAUCUCUUCAAGGAGAAGAAAGUCUCGUUUGCCAAAGCGCAUUGGAACGCCUUUGUAAAACCAAAGAACUUGAUUACAUGAGCUACAUUGUCCUAAGACUCUUUGAGAACACUGAGGUAUCUCUGGAAGACCCGAAACGCUUCAGAAUCGAACUUACAUUUAGCCGUGGCGCAGAUUUGUCUCCCCUAGAGAAGAAGGAUGAAGAAGCUGAGUCGUUGCUCAGGGAACACACACUUCCGAUAAUGGGACCAGAGAGGCUUCAGGAGGUUGGUUCUUGUUUGACACUCGAGACAAUGGAGAAGAUGAUACGUCCAUUUGCUAUGCCGGCAGAGGAUUUCCCUCCAGCGUCAAUUCCGGCAGGCUUCUCCGGUUACUUUUCCAAAAGCGCCGCCGUGCUCGAGCGCCUUGUGAAACUUUGGCCCUUCCACAAGACCACCACUUCUAACGGCAAAAGCUAA